GGAGCCUGGAGGGGCUCAGACCCAGGCCCUCCUCCCCACACAGCAGCCCAGGGCACUUAUAAAGGGGCCAAAGCUGGGCAGGAGCACCUGCCACCGUUACCAUGAAGCUCUCUGGUGCUCUCGUGGUGCUUGGGGUUGUCCUGCUCCUGACAUCAGGGGGAAACUGUGGCAUUUGCCCAGCUAUAAAAGAGGAUCUGGAAUUUUUUCUCGGCCCGUCUGUGACUGACUAUGUCAACUUCAUUAAAAAAUACAAGGAUGACCCUGCCACACUGAAAAAUGCUGAAAAUCUGAAGACAUGUGCUGAUAGCAAGUUGACAGAGGAAGACAAGGAGAAUGUAAAGAGUAUGCUGGCAAAAAUAGAAGCUAGCAAAGCAUGUUGAUGAAUCCAUCUUUGCCAGAAGACUCAAGAAGGCCACUUGUCUGUUCACCUGCCUAGAUGUAGCAAGCCUGUCCCUCCCUUCCAGGUGUCUAAGAACAGGAUUCCAACAAUAAAAGCCUUGCAAUUCA